AUGUCCAUUCACGUCGACAUCGUUCGGUCAUUGGCACAGUCAGUUCAACGCUUGCGAUUGCCCUUCACCUCGAUCGUAUCUCCUACUACCAAGAUGGACCACAAGGACCCUGACUUCCAACACAGCGAGGUCGUUCUGGAGAAGCUCGAAGUCCCCAACGUGACAUGGUACAAGCAUGCCGGACUCAGGCGUCUGUAUAUCAUGAUGCCGAUCCUCUUUCUUGGAGCAACGACGAACGGCUACGACGGAAGUCUGCUCAAUGGACUUCAGACGCUGGACCCAUGGCAAGAUGAGUUCGGGCACCCUAACGGGUCUACGCUUGGUCUGUUCAGUGCGAUUCUUCAGAUUGGAGCCUUCUCAGCCAUCUUCUUCUCGGCGUACCUAGCCGAUACGUUUGGGAGGAAGAAAGGCGUUGUCAUCGGGAUCAUCGUGCUAUGCAUUGGAAUGAUACUCCAGGUUGUACCUGGAAAGACCAACGGCAUGUUCAUCGGCGGUCGUUUCCUGGUUGGUCUUGGAUCGAAUCUCUCGCAAGGCUCGGCUCCACUCCUCAUAAUGGAGCUCGCACAUCCACAGCAUCGAGGAAAGCUCACUGUCAUGUACAACACCCUCUGGUACGUCGGCUCGAUCGUGGCAGCGUGGACCGUAUACGGGACGCAGAAGUACACUGGAUCUGCCGUUUGGAGAAUACCCGUCGGCCUACAAGCUCUGAUGCCGGUAAUUCAGCUGGUGGGCAUAUGGCUUCUUCCAGAGAGCCCUCGAUGGCAGGUCAUGAAAGAUAAGCCUGAGCAGGCGUUGGCUACCUUGGUCAAGUAUCAUGCCAAUGGCGAUAGUAACGAUCACUUCGUGCAGGCUGAGUUUCAAGAGAUCCGAGAUGCACUUCGCCUGGACAAGCAAUACGCCAAGCAAGGCUGGUCGAUACUGGUCAAGACCCCGGGUAACCGCAAGCGUCUACUACCCAUCGCACUUGUCGCCUUCUUCUCUCAGUGCUCUGGCAAUGGCCUCGUUAGCUAUUAUCUCCACAGCAUCUUGGAGUCUGUCGGCAUCACCAACGCCAAUGAGCAGGCUCUCUUCAACGGCGGUCUGCAGAUCUGGAGUUUCCUUGGUUGCGAUUGGAUUCUCGGCAUUCCUGGUGGACAGCUUUGGCAGGAAGAAGCUCUUCUUGAUCGCUGGUAUUGGCAUGCUCGUCACUUUCACCAUCUGGACAGCUUGCUCGGCCGGGUAUGCACAGACUGGAAAUCAUGGUGCUGGCAAGUCUGUCUUGGCCAUGAUCUUCUUGUUCUAUGGAGCUGCUGGUUUCGCAUGGCCAGGAUUGACUGUGGCAUACUGUGCCGAGAUCUUGCCAUACAACAUUCGUGCCAAGGGGCUAGCAUUGAACAUGGCUUUCGUCUCAAUUGCUUCGGUGCUGAAUCAGUACGUAAAUCCGAUCGGCCUUGA